UGUUGUGUCUGGACCAUCAACGAAUAUGACUUCAGAUCUCCCAGUUCUCCUCGCAGCUGUGUCGGUACUGUCUGCUCUCCACAUGGGUUUUCAGGCAAGACGUGUGGGCUGGUCGAGGAUGAAGUUUAAAAUUGUGCCCCCCAUUGUUACUGGACCACCUGAGUUUGAAAGGACAUUUCGAGCACACCAGAACAGUGUAGAGUUUUAUGCCAUUUUCGUGGUGCUAUUGUGGAUAUCUGGCAUAUUCUUCAAUGAAGUGCUUGCGGCUCUUGGAGGGCUUGUGUAUAUUGUGGGCAGAGAGAUGUACUUUACCGGCUACAUCAGUGAAUCCAAAAGAAGGUUGCCAGGGUUUUACUUGGUGUUGUUUGUCCUGCUAUUCCUAGCUGUGACGGCUGCCAUUGGAAUCUUCCAAGCGUUUUUGGACAAAUAUCUCUGAGGAUUUAAUUCCUGUUAUCUAUUGCUAUCUCAAGUUAUCAAACACAUAGAUCCCUGCUGAAAAAUCCUGCUUGAACCAGCCUAGGAUGGUUGGCUGGUUUUAGCUGGUCGACCAGCCUGGUUUUAGAGGGGUUUUGGCCACUUCCAGGCUGGUUUCCUUCCAUUUCCAGCCUAGUCUUAGCUGGUCAGGCUGGAAAGUAACCAGCUAAAACCAGCUUGACCAGCCUGGUUUAAAACUGGACAUAGCUGGUUUUGGCUGGGCUCCCAGUCUGGCUAGGCUGGUCAAGCUGGUUUUAGCUGGUCAUCUCCCAGUUUAGUUUGUCAUUCAUGUAAUUAUCAAGGUCAUUACCUCAUGUAGCAGAUAUUAACUAUCAUCAAUUAUUUAACUUGCAGCAAUACCAAUGUAGGAGGCAAUGUCAUUCUAAGGUGAAUAAAGUGAAAUUACAAAUAAAAA